CGCCGCCCGGUGCCGGCCGCAUGGAGGGCGGCGGGGAGGCGCUGCCCGCGGACCUGCGGGAGCUGGCCGGCAAGCUGGGCCGGCGGCCGCCCGCCGGGCUGCUGCGGGGGCUGCGGGCUGAGCCCCUCCCGGUGCCGCUCCCGGUGCUCCCGGUGCCCGUUCGCGGUGCCCGCCCGCCGCUCGCCGACCGCCUCCGCGCCCUCCGCUUGGAGCUGGCCUACCUGCGGGCGGUGGACGUGAAGAUCCUGCAGCAGCUGGUGCUGGUGAACGAGGGCAUCGAGGCGGUGAAAUGGCUGCUGGAGGAGCGGAGCGCGCUGCCCAGCCGCGGCAGCAGCCUGGCCAGCAGCCAGUACAGCCUGGCGGGCAGCCAGGCGGCCUCGCGGCGGGGCAGCUGGGACAGCCUGCAGGACCCCCCCGACAAGCUGGACAGCAUCUCGGUCGGCAGCUACCUGGACACGCUGGCUGACGACAUGGACGAGUACUCCCAAAACGCCGCCGAGCCUCCCGCGAGAGCCCUGGGCAGGGUCGAGCAGGACUGGGGCAGGAUGGACCCCGAGAGGGGUCUCGGGAAGCUGGAGAAGGGCAAAGCGGAGCACGAGUGGCCCCCCGCAGACCUCGCCCCGGACCAGCAGCGGUUUGCCAAGGAGCCCCAGGUGGCCAACGGCUACUUGGGCAAGCAGCCUGGCUCUUUGGAACCGGGCAAAGACCCCAAAGUGCCAGCGGGGGCCGGGGAAAGGAUGGGGAAGGGGAACCCAAGCGGGAAGGCUCGGAAAGCCGAGGCUGACUCGGAGAACUGCAAACUCACCAGCAAACUGCACGCGGAGUACGACGCCCACUGGCGCUGGCUCCAGUCCCAGGACGACGUGACGUUCUUGUAGCCCCUUUGCUGGUCUUCACGCCCCCGGCCCGGCUCCCCUCAUCGCCUGCUCUGCUUCGUUCGGCCCCGCUUGGGAGCGUGGUUUGGCUGGGAGGGGGUCAGGGUGGUUGGGUCGUGUCCCCUUGUCCCUCUGAGCCCCCCGCCAGUGAACGUAGCUCGGAGGGGCUGGGUGAGGGCUGCCUGCCCCGUGGGCAGUUUGUGGGAGAGGCAGGGCGAGGUGGGUCCCCCUAAAUUUAAUCCUUUGCUCUGGGGUGAGCUGAGCACCCCCGUUGGGCGUGCUUGUCUCCAUCGCCCUCUUCAAGGCCAGCGCCCCUCAAGGGUAGGUCUGACCUGGAGGACCUGGGGCCGCAGCACGUGGUCGAUGCCAAAAUCCCCUUCCCUGAAGGGGCAGGUGGUUUCGGUGACCUGCAACGUGGUGGGGUGGGCACCGUGGCUGCUCAGCGGGGCUUUCUCGGUGCCCUGCAGAGGAGGGAUUUCGGCACAAAUCUCCCUUCCCCACGUGCCCGCAGAAGGGCAGAGCAAAGUGGGAGUUUCCUGACGUGUUUUGAGGCUCCUCCACCAGCAUGGAUUUGCAGUGACCCUGCCCCAGAGAUGUCCUCUGUGCCCUGAGAGCCUUGGCUUCUUCCCGUGCCUUUCACUGCCCGCCCGCUACGCCCCCCCAGCACCCCCGGCUUGCAGAGCAUGGCUUGUGCUGGAGCUAUGCUGCCUCGGGCAGGAUCUGCUCCCUCCAACAGAUGAUGCGGGGAAGGACCUCGGCAUCCCACAGCCUCAAGGAGGGGGUUCUUCCACGCACAGGGAACGAGCCUGGAAGGUGCUGGCCCCAGCUGGGUGCUGCAACAGCCGCCUGCUUGCCUCGGCACAGGUUUUCCCCUCCAUCUGUGAGCUGAAUCCUGUCUCCGUCCUUGUUGGGGUGGUGGGAAUUGGUUCAACUUCUCCUGAAACAGCUGGGAAGCCGAGAGAGAGGGAAGACCUUUCUGGAGCAAAGACCUUUCUCGUGGCUUCCCGCAUAGCUACCGCGUCCCCCAAGGCUGGCAGUCCCUGGCUUUCCCUCGAGCUCUGCAUGCCGUGAACCCGCUGGGGGUCCCUGAGGGGGGGGGAACCUAAAGUCCUCCGGCAUUGCUGAAACCGCUGUCGACAAAAAUAGCUGGCUUAAUAAAUGGUUGUGUUUCUCCAAA